AUGAACGACGGCAUCCCUCCAGCGAUCCCCAUCACCUUUGAGCCUCGCCUUAUCCAGCCACCUCUCGCUCUCAAGCAGACCUCAGCAUUCUCUCAUGGCGACAUUUACAUCUUUGACAUUGUCGCCAACAGCAGCAACAUGAUCGUCUCGGCCUCCAACCACGAGAUCAAGCUGUACAACCCCGCCACCUUUGCCAUCAAAAACAUCCUCAAGUUCCACACAGAUACCAUUACUCAGAUUAAAGCACAUGGGGAGAACAUUCUGAUGUCCUCGUCCAAGGACGGCUCUGUCGCUGUCUGGGACCUCCGAACUGAUGCUGGCCCUGUCCAGGUCUUCAAGACGCCAGCAAAGGACCCAUUGCUGUCAUUCGACCUCAACUCAUCGGAACAAAUCUUGGCCGCAGGAUCAGAGUUGGUCGAGUACGACGCCAAUAUCCACUUUUUCGACGCCCGCAGCAACACCUCAGCGAUUGUGAAAACCUACUCGGAAUCGCACAGUGACGACAUCACCAACAUCAAAUUCCACCCCACCAACCCUGCUCGCCUGAUGACGGGCUCCGUCGACGGAUUGAUCUGCCAGUUCGAUCUGACGGACAUGGACGAGGAAGAAGGACUAAUGGUGGUCUCGAACACGGGCGCAAGUAUUAGCAGGAUCGGAUAUUUCGGACCCAAUGCCGAGUACAUCUACUGCCUGAGUCACAUGGAAACCCUCUCGCUCUGGAAUAGCGAGGAUGCCGAUGCGAUUCACCAGUUUGGAGAUAUUCGCGGAGUCAGCAAUCCUGCCAUGGGGUUGACACUAGACUAUGGGAUCGACUGCCAGUACGAGCCGGAAUCGGGACGCCUUUUCUUGCUUGCAGGGUCAAAUGAGGGUAACAUUAAUAUUCUGCAUGUCAAGGCAGAUUCCCUCCAACUCUGUCAAGUUCUGAGCGGAGGACACAGCGAGAUUGUCAGGAGCACAUUCUGGGACUCGAAGAGAGGCAUCUUGUACUCUGGAGGAGAGGAUGCCAAGCUUGGGCUCUGGAACUCUGACCCCAUCACUACCGCCACAUCACCUCUUGCAGCAAGUGCCUCCUCAAGGCAUAGCUCCCCAUUACAACUCAAGGCUGAGGGCAAGUCCUCUAGAUCCAGCCCAUAUUAG